ACUUGCUUCGUGUUCUCGCGUGGUUUCCAAGGAAACGUCUCUUAAGACGGUCCUAUAGAGAUCUAGCGGCGGUCACCCCUCUCGUCCCGAGGGUGUGUGAAACCCGUCCCCUUGACCAAGCCGGUGUUGCUUAUCUUAAGAGGCGGCUCGGUACGUAGUCCGGCAGCUAACGUCGACAUUCUGAAAUGUGCCUGACUGCUUCCGUCAGUUCUGUGUACCGACGGUGGCUGCCAUGUUGCGGGUCUCGGCGAGUCGGCACGUAUGUGCGGCGCUUCUGCGCCGGCAGCCAUUACAGGCGCGCCGCCACACACGUGGGUCUGGAGGUUCGGUCCGGUCUCUGUCUGCCCCUCUCUGCACCGAGUCCGCGACCCCGACGGGAAGCGAGCCUCUGCAGCAGUGGGCCCUUGUUGUAGACCCGUUCAGCAUAGUACGUGCGCGUUUGGGUUGCAGCAUCUCGGUACGGUCGUUGGACCCACAUGCGUUUCCCGAGGCGAACCGAGCCUUCAUUACGCUUCGUGGGACCAGCGCCGGCGAAAGCGUCAAGCUCCAUCGUUUCCACGUCAGUUACGAUAACCGAAGCAGGGAGCUGGUCAUCUCGGCCGAGAGGGUCAGCAACGCCGUGUCCGCUGAGCUCACGGCGCCCAUCAAAAGCGAACUCCACAUCACGACUACAGGAAAAGCCAGCGUGCAGGUCAAGCAAAUGGAGUGUGACGUCUGCAAGGUGCAAACAGAGCAGGGGGACUGUGUGCUGCACUCAGUGAAGGGACAUCAAGUGAAUGUGCAGUCCUAUGGAGGAAAUAUCACUGGUGUAGGCACUAUCCACGGCAACGUGGACAUCAGCACAUCUGGACACGGUGCAGUAGAGGUCAAGAAGCUCCAGGGCACCAUAAUGAAUGUGUCUACAGAACAUGGCCCUCUGAAGGUCAAAGCCAUCUAUGCUGAGUCUACCACUGUCUCUUCCAACUCUGGGAGAGUGGAGCUGGGAAAUGUACAGGGUAACACCACCGUGGACAGUGUCUCUGGAGAUGUAAUUAUAGAUGGCUCAAAUGGUCACCUGAAGGUUUCCUCCCAACGCGGGGACGUUGACGCUUACGUGGGGGACAGUGGAAGUGCCGAACUCCACAGUCAAGAAGGGGCUGUGUGUGUGCGUAUCCCCUCUUCUAUAAGAGCAGGGGUGGAGCUCUGUGGAGCCUCAGUGGAUGUUAGCCCAGAGGUUGCCCUGCACGGGAAGGAAUGCAACACGGCCCAAGGCCAGACUACAGUCACUGGCCAAAUAAAUGGAAAGACCCAGACGGACCAGCGGAUUAAGGCUCAGUCACAAAAUGGCUCCAUCAGGCUGAAGACACAAAGCUGGUUUGAGUCUCUGAAGCUCGGAAGCUGAAUUAUGAGUGAUGGAUUUUAUCGAAAGCCAUAUUGCCACAUCGGUGUGGAGGAGCAGAAUUCUCAAGAGCACCAUGUCAGUGGCGGGCAAAUCCAGAAAACUUACAGGUCUGGAAGAACUGAUUUAACUCUCCUUAACUAGGUCAUUAAAAAAGAACUGUCCUCUGGUACAUACAGUGAGUGAGUUCAAAACCGUCAGUGUUGACACAUGUACACGCACACAGUUUCUGGGCAUGGAGUUUUCAGAAAGACUGGUCGAGAAACUAUAGUGAAGUCACUGAUGUCAUUUAUUUCACAACACUUAUGCAGUAUUUUAACAGUAGGAAAUGUUUUAAGGGGCGUCUGGGUGGCGUGGCGGUCUAUUCCGUUGUCUACCAACACAGGGAUCGGCGGUUCGAAUCCUCGUUACCUCCGGCUUGGUUGGGCGUCCCUACAGACACAACUGGCUGUGUCUGCAGGUGGGAAGCCGGAUGUCGGUAUAUGUCCUGGUCGCUGCACUAGCGCCUCCUCUGGUCGAUCGGGGCACCUGUUCGGGGGGAGGGGGAACUGGGGGGAAUAGCGUGAUCCUCCAACGUGCUACAUCCCCUGGUGAAACUCCUCACUGUCAGGUGAAAAGAAGCGGCUGGUGACUCCACAUGUAUGGGAGGAGGCAUGUGGUAGUCUGCAGCCCUCGCUGGAUCAGCAGAGGGGGCGGAGCAGAGACCGGGACGGCUCAGAAGAGUGGGGUAAUUGGCCAGAUACAAUUGGGAAGAAAUAAUGGGGCAAAAAAAAAAAACACUUGUUAAGGUUUGGUUUUAUAUAAUUAAUACUCAGAUUCAGACAACGUGCCCUUCUAGAAUUUAUCCCAGAAGGGCAGUUCAGUUCCACAAUCUACCCAGACCAUACACAACUCACAGACAAUCUACCCAGACCAUACACAACUCACAGACAAUCUACCCAGACCAUACACAACUCACAGACAAUCUACCCAGACCAUACACAACUCACAGACAAUCUACCCAGAC